CAGAUUGCAGGAGGACAAGAGAGGCGAGCCGUGAAAGCGAACAGAUGUGAACCGGACUACGAAAAGAGAACAAGCUGUAGUAAAGACGGAGAUCCUUUGAGUCUGCUAACAUGUGGCAACCCGCGUCGGAGCGACUGCAGCACUUUCAGAGCAUGCUGAAGACCAAGCUAAAUGUGCUGACGCUGAGGAAGGAGCCAUUGCCCACGGUGAUCUUUCAUGAGCCCGAGGCCAUUGAGCUGUGCUCCACCACACCGCUCACAAAGAACAGGACUCAUGCUGGAUACAAGGUUACCUACCUGGGCAAGGUGACCAUCUUUGGGACCCAGUUCCUGUCUGGCUGCACAGAGUCGGCGGUGGUUGGUCUGGUAGAGCGCCAGCAGGGCACCUGCCCCACGCACAACUCUUUACUGGAGAUUCGGCCCUUCCAAGUGCGUCUUCAUCACCUGGAUGAGCAUGGCGAGGCCUCAGUAACCAUGGACACCUACCAAGUAGCACGGAUCGCCUAUUGCACAGCCGACCACAGCGUCAGACCCAACGUGUUUGCCUGGAUCUACCGGGAGAUCAACGAUGACCUGUCCUUCCAGAUGGACUGCCACGCCGUGGAGUGUGAGAGCAAGCUCGAGGCCAAGAAACUGGCGCACUCAAUGAUGGAGGCUUUCCGCAAGACUUUCCACAGCAUGCGCAGCGACGGCCGCAUCCACAAGAGUGGCUCGUCAGACGACUUCGCCGAGGACUCAUCCACCCCUGAAGAUUCAACUCCAGACGACGGUUGAACUGACACUCAUAUAAAUCCCUGAACCCCAUCCUAACAAAGCGAAGGGUGACUGGAAGGAUGGACAGAUAACCUGCUCUCUCAUUCUCCCCUACUAUCCCUUUUUUCUGUUAUCGAUUUGGAUCAAAAUUAACUGACCCGGUUAACCAACACGCCCAGGAUGAUCAAGUAGCUUUUAAAUAAAGGGAAAGUAGAUGAAAAAUGAAUAACAAAAGACAUACAUUAAAUACAGGGAUAGAAAAGUGCUACCACUUUCAAUGAAUGGCCCUCAAAGACCCACAGGGGCCUUUCACGCACCUCUGUAAACGCCCUCAAGAGAUUGACUAGACAUAUCCUUUUCCAUUUCCCACCACUGUUACUCCUCCACCCAGCGGAGACUGUUUGUGGUUCUUAAGCUUUUCACAUCAAGGGAACAACAAAAUGCAGUCCCUGUUCUUCAGACCCCAACUCAUGAAAAACCUAUUGCUACUCUUGCCAUGUAGGGACCCAGCAGAAAUAGGCCUGUGACUUAUUUUGGGUCCCUACCCAGAGUUUAUGAGACUGUUGGAGCACAUAAAUUCUUUAAAUGUUUAAUUAUGUGGAUCUCUGUUACAAUGCCUUUGACCUUGGUAAUAGCAAAUGAGGAUGUGAAAGAAAAGCACUACUCAUAUCAUCACGAUGGUACCUUAGUCCAAGUUGAACCCCAAAAUGAUUUGCUAGUAUGGCUUUUACUCAUGUGGACAGUAGAGCCAGAGCUUCUACCUCUGUCUCUGUUUAAAAGGUACUUAAAGUUUCAGAGUAUGGCGCCUAGGAGUGUAUAGGUGCUAAGUAGAUUUUAGAAGUUCUCACUGAGGCUGAAAGCCUAUAACACCUUAAUCAUCCAUAUCUGACUUCUGUUUUGAGUAUACCAAAAUUCAGGCUGUAUUUUGCCUAUCAGAUUACGUGCCUCACUUUCCUCUCACAUUAGUUUGGUCUCUUACCCAGGUCCCAAUGUGUAUGUGUGGCCAUGUGUGUGUGCAAACCUUUUUUUGUUGUUGUUUUUCUGUGUGUGUAUGUAGGUGUAUUUGCUUCUGUACUUUUUGUGUAUAUGAAUGUACACAUGAGUGCUUGCAUCUCUAUGUGUGAAAGAGAAAAGGUGAGGAGGAAGAGGAGGUAUCGUAUGACUAGCUGGAAGUGAAGACUCCUCGCCCCAGAAGCAUCCAUUUUUGAUGCUUGUGGAGGGAUUUUAAAAACAGACACAGUCCUAUGACCAUUUGCCACGUUUUCUUACUUAUAAUCUCGAAUGAAAUGAAAAAGGCUGAAGUACGAGAGUCUGAAUGUGCCAGUCAGUCAGCGCGAGGUUGUAGUUGGACCCUAAAUCACAGCCGUCCAAGAUAAUGACUGAUGCCUCCUAGCCUCUGCUGAAUGUAUGAUGAGUCCAAUGUCUUGCGAGCACUUCACACACCAUCUCCAGUCACUUCUGUUUCCUGUUUCCCGUACUCUCCUCGUGCUAUCACUAGACAGCUGUAAGGGAGCUUCUUCUUGCUUCCCCGCAUCGCCUCUCUGAGCGACUGAGGGUCUGAAAAUGCAUCAGAGCUCCACGCCACUUUCUCCUUUUCUAACUGGACUGUGUUGAACAGCUAUCGGUGGAAAUCGAUCAUUGACUCAAAUACACGCACACACCUGCAUACGAUUAUACAUAUGUACACACACACACAUUGUAUUUGAAUCCCGCUCAAUAAGCUUAUGUAAAUACAAAUGUAUCACUUUCCAAAUAUUACAGCAUAAAUGUUGAUAGCUAUUUUAAAUAAUUAAAAAAAUAUGUUGAUUGAGAACCAUCAUACGAUACAGAAACAGUGUUAUAAAGCCUACUGUGAAUAAUAAGUGGAGAGCCUGAUAGUGGUGGGUGUGUGUGUGUUUGUGUGUGUGUGUGUGUGGAAGGGAUCGUAUGUUGCGGGAAGUGUGGUGAGGUAUGUGUGUGUGUAUGUGUGUGUCUGUGUAUGGACAGGCCAGAGGGGGAGAAUGUUUAUAAAGCUGUAGAUUACUAUGUCAUGUCUGUCUGAAAGCUCAGGCGCGCUUUAAAUGUUUGAAAAAAUGUUACCUUAAGUGUUUUCUAUACAGUGUUUGCAAAGAUCAAGAAACAAUUGCAUAUAAAGUAUUUACCAAGAC